UGUAACCAAUUGAGUAUAAUUAGCGGAUAAAAGAGUCAAUACAAGGUUUUUUUAUUUUAUUUUUUAUUUUGGUCUUCUCCUUGUUAUUCAAAACUUCGCUUAAGCCGUAAUGGGUGGAACUCCAACGGAAAAUCCAAUCGUCAAGAUAAAUGUAGGGGGAAAACCAUUCUACACUAAACAGAAAACGUUGGUGCAGUCAAGAUACUUUGAGGCGUUAUUAGCUGAUACUAUGCAUAAAAGAACAUAUGUUGGAAAAAACAGCGAUGAAAUCUUUAUCGAUCGUAACGGAGACAUAUUUCGACAUGUUUUGCAAUACCUUAGACUUGGUAAAAUCUUCGUUAAAGAGGAGAACACCUUAAAAAAAAUAAAGAUUGAAGCCAACUAUUAUGGGUUAAGUGACUUGGUGAAUCAAGUAGAUGCAAGGGUUAAGUAUUUAUCAGAGAGAAAGGAUCAAUAUAUGUUUAUGGAUUCCGAUAAGCUACUGGAAGAGUACAUGGGGAAAUUCAACCCUUCCUCUGAAAAAAGCACAACUGAAAAGGCCCCCAAUUCUUUUCAAGUCAUUAAAUACUUUGAUACAGUCGAAAAACAAACAAAGUGCUUUUUGCCGCAUACAGCAAGCGAAAGCUGCACUCAUACAAAUCACAAAACCAUUGAAGUUCCUGCAAAAAAAGCAAUAGUCAGACGUUAUGCAUAAUAAAAGUAAGAAUGAUUGUGGGAAUCAGUUAUAAGACUUGUAAUAAAUACG